AAGCUCGCGCGCCGCCGCCGCCGCCGCCGCUCAGCUCCGGGAGCGUCCAGGACCCGCUGCGCCAGGCGUGCCAUCCCCGGGCCCGGCGUGCGUCCCCACGGGGAGAGUGACCCCGUCGCCCGGAGACCUGCCGCCCCCGCCACCCUCCGCGAGGGGCCCCGGAGCGAGCCGCGCCCCCCCAGCCCCGCAGCCCGCCCGCCGCCCUGCGCCCAUGGACGCCCCGGAGCCGCAGCCCGACCCCGACGGCGGGGACGCCCCCGGCCCCGAGCCCGGGGACAGCCCCCAGGACGAGUUCGACUUCUCCAUCCUCUUCGACUAUGACUAUCUGAAUCCUUUCCAAGAGGAACCGAGCGCACAUAAGGUCGCCAGCCCACCCUCCGGCCUCGCGUACCCCGACGAUGUCCUGGACUAUGGCCUCAAGCCAUACGGCCCCCUGGCCGGCCUGGCUGGCGAGCCCCCCGGCCAGUUCGGAGAGCCGGCUAGGGUAGGGCCCCCGAACCCUGGGAGCGCGGCCAAGCCAGCAGGGGCGUCGGGCCUGAGCCCCCGGAUCGAGAUCACUCCGUCCCACGAACUGCUGCAGGCGGGCGCGGCCCUGCGGCUCGGGAGAGACGCCGGCCUGCUGCCCGAGCCACCCGCGGGGGCCGCCAGCCCGCGGGUCACGCUGCCCGUGCCCGGCUUCGAGGGCUACCGGGAACCGCUUUGCUUGAGCCCCGCUAGCAGCGGCUCCUCUGCCAGCUUCCUUUCCGACACCUUCUCCCCCUACACCUCGCCCUGCGUCUCGCCCAAUAACGGCGGGCCCGACGACCUGUGUCCCCACUUUCAAAACAUCCCUGCUCAUUAUUCCCCCAGAACCUCGCCAAUAAUGUCACCUCGAACCAGCCUCGCCGAGGACAGCUGCCUGGGCCGCCACUCGCCCGUGCCCCGUCCGGCCUCGCGCUCCUCGUCACCCGGUGCUAAGCGCAGGCACUCGUGCGCCGCCGCCGAGGCCUUGGUGGCCCCUCUGCCCGGAGCCUCGCCCCAGCGCUCCCGGAGCCCCUCGCCGCAGCCCUCACCGCGUGUGGCCCUCCACGACCACGGCGACCCCGCGGGGUGUCACCCCACGGCCGGCGCUGCCGUCCUCAUGGAUGCCCUGAACAGCCUGGCUGCCGACUCGCCCUGCGGGAUCCCCCCCAAGAUGUGGAAGACCAGCCCUGACCCGUCACCCGUGUCCGCCAGCGCGGCCAAGGCCAGCCUGCCCCGCCACAUCUACCCUGCUGUGGAGUUCCUGGGGCCCUGCGAGCAGGAGGAGAGGAGAAACUCAGCCCCCGAGUCCAUCCUGCUGGUGCCACCGACUUGGCCUAAGCAGCUGGUGCCUGCCAUUCCAAUCUGCAGCAUCCCAGUAACAGCAUCCCUUCCUCCACUUGAGUGGCCGCUCUGCAACCAGUCAGGCUCUUAUGAGCUGCGGAUCGAGGUGCAGCCCAAGCCCCAUCACCGGGCCCACUAUGAGACUGAGGGCAGCCGAGGGGCCGUCAAGGCUCCCACAGGAGGUCACCCUGUGGUUCAGCUCCACGGCUACAUGGAGAACAAACCUCUGGGAUUGCAGAUCUUUAUCGGCACAGCCGACGAGCGGAUCCUCAAGCCGCAUGCCUUCUACCAGGUACACCGCAUCACAGGAAAAACUGUCACCACCACCAGCUAUGAGAAGCUCGUGGGUAACACCAAAGUCCUGGAGAUCCCCCUGGAGCCAAAGAACAACAUGCGGGCAACCAUCGACUGCGCCGGGAUCCUGAAGCUGCGAAACGCCGACAUCGAGCUGCGCAAGGGCGAGACGGACAUCGGGAGGAAGAACACCCGGGUGCGGCUGGUGUUCCGCGUCCACAUCCCCGAGCCCAGCGGCCGGAUCGUGUCCUUGCAGACCGCGUCCAACCCCAUCGAGUGCUCCCAGCGGUCCGCCCACGAGCUGCCCAUGGUGGAAAGACAAGACAUCGACAGCUGCCUGGUGUACGGGGGCCAGCAAAUGAUCCUCACGGGACAGAACUUCACGGCCGAGUCCAAAGUCGUGUUCACGGAGAAGACCACAGAUGGGCAGCAAAUUUGGGAGAUGGAAGCCACGGUGGAUAAAGACAAGAGCCAGCCCAACAUGCUUUUUGUGGAGAUCCCUGAGUAUCGGAACAAGCACACCCGCAUACCUGUGAAGGUCAACUUCUAUGUCAUCAAUGGGAAAAGAAAACGAAGUCAGCCCCAGCACUUUACCUACCACCCAGUCCCAGCCAUCAAGACGGAGCCCACCGACGAGUACGACCCCUCUUUGAUCUGUACCCCCACCCACGGAGGCCUGGGGAGCCAGCCUUAUUACCCACAACACCCAAUGCUGGCUGAGUCCCCAUCCUGCCUCGUGGCCACCAUGGCUCCCUGCCAGCAGUUCCGCUCAGGGCUGUCAUCUCCUGAUGCCCGCUAUCAGCAGCAGAACCCCGCAGCUGUCCUCUAUCAGAGGACCAAGAGCCUGAGCCCCAGCCUGCUGGGCUACCAGCAGCCAGCCCUGAUGGCGGCUCCCCUGGCCCUGGCCGAUGCCCACCGUUCAGUGCUGGUGCAUGCGGGCUCCCAGGGCCAGAGCUCAGCCCUGCCCCACUCCACCCCGGCCAACCAGCAGGCCUCGCCGGUGAUCCACUAUUCACCCACUAACCAGCAGCUGCGCUGUGGGAGCCAGCAGGAGCUCCAGCACAUCAUGUACUGCGAGAACUUCGGGCCUGGUUCCGCCAGGCCCGGCCCGCCUCCCACCGGUCAAGGUCAGAGGCUAAGCCCAGCUUCCUACCCCACCGUCAUUCAGCAGCAGAGUGCCACAAGCCAAAGAGCUGCCAAAAACGGACCCCCAGUCAGUGACCAAAAGGAAGUCUUACCCACCGGAGUAACAAUUAAACAGGAGCAGAACUUGGACCAGACCUACUUGGAUGACGUUAAUGAAAUUAUCAGGAAGGAGUUUUCAGGACCUCCCACCAGAAAUCAGACGUAGAAGUAGCCAUUAUAACAAGACUUCUGCCUCCUGUCUUGGACCCCCGGCUCCCUCCGCUGGCCUCCUCCUCCUGUUCUUGUCUGUCUCCCUCGCAUGGAACAAUGUGUGUGUCACAGAGCUGACUGUCGACAUGGAGCCCGAGCCCGCCACCUCUCUCAGCACCAGCGUGUCUCAUCUUUUGAAUUUGUCUUACGUCCCAAAGAGCAUGGAAAUACCAAGUGCCUGCUGACCAAAACCACACUCUGAGACCUGAGUGGCCAGAGCCUGUGGGGACAGGCUGGGGGACAGAGAUGUGGACAUCAUGAUGGGACACCAGCCCUUGCUUGCAUCCAUUUUCCCAGGUCACAGAAAUGGCUCUUGCCCCUUGUGAAGGAGAGACAUUCUUAGAGCAACCAAAGGAAUGUGGCCCAAGAGUCUAGCUUACAGGCUAAAAAACCCCAAACCCUCAUGGGAUUUGAAACAGAAAGUUCAUUCUUAGAACUCGCUUCAUCCAUGCCAUUAGCUGGGACACAGUGAAAACUUUAUUGUAGAAUUUCCUCCUUCCAACAUGAAACUGCCUUGCCCAGACACGAUCACCUGUUAAAACUCCUUGGCACUAAGUUAUGACCUGUGCACGAGUUUAUCUUUUUGUUUUUUCCUCUGAUCCAGACAGCGGGCCAGGGAGGCCAACGUGGAGUCCUCUUGGCCAGUGACUUUCUUACCACCCCCACCCCAGCCUCAGCUAAUACAGCACCCAGUCCUGGGGGAGCUGGGCGCACCGCUCUGGGUGUUGCUGUCUACACUCGCUGCUUCUCCAGGCUCAUCCUUUCUGCCUUCCUUCCGACCAGAGCUCUUCCACAAGUAGCUCAGGAGGACCUCAAACCUAUGCAUCGAAUGUCAGGAGGAAUGGGCAAAGGGCUAAAGCAACCAGAAACCAAACAAAAUGCAGGUGUUUUGUGAAACAAGCGUUUCUAUAAGUGGAUUUCUACCAAGAUCGAGCAAAAGAAUUCUCUCUCAGCCCUAAAUGCAGAGUAAAACAGGGACCCUCAGGCUUUGGCUCAGAGUUCAUUGGUUAUUUUUACCCAAAUCCGUUUAGACUUCCCCUCGACCCCAGAGUGCUGGCCCAUCAUGCCCUGCCUGCUUCAGUGGACGCAGACGCCCUAACGGAAGCAGAGCUACUUGAGAGCACUCUGUGGCACAGUUGUGUGCACAGUGUGGCCUUCUUUCUCCCCGUCAUUGUGUAGCUCCCCAUCUUUUCCUCCAAUGGUGCCACUUGUGCAAACAAAGCCUUGGGAGUAGAUGAGGGAUGCAGCCCAAGUGGUCGAGCACCUGCUUUGCAAGUGCAAGGCCCCAAGUUCAAAGCCCGGGGGGUUCUUGGUAGGUGAGUUUUAAAGGCACAGACAUGCUUCCGUUUGCUUUUGUUGCUGUUACCCCAGGGCAAGCUGAGUCUUUAGUCAGUUCCCCAAUAAUCAGUAGCACAGUGGACUGUCCCCAGCCUGCUUGGAAAGGCUGUAGUCAGACUGAUUUCUAAGCCCUGUCUCCAGGCAGAAAGCCCUGGCUGCUAAAUGCCCACCAUGGAUUUUCUGUGUCCUGUCAAGGUCACGGAGGUAUGCCUUCCUGAAAACAGGGCCAGGUGUGUCUGGUGCUCCAGACAGAAGCCCAAAUGCCCAGAUACCGGCCCACGCAUCCAAGAGUAGGCAACCUUUUGAUGGACGCUUGGCAUUUGGUGCCCCCAUCAGCAGGGAGCUUUACU